AUGGAGGCCAGCGGGAGGUUUUCCAUUGACUUCAGUGAACUGUGGAUCAGGUCUGAGGAGAUAAAUCCAGCUCUUUCAGAAGCCGGGACGCCGUCUCGUGCUGGGGCGUGGCGUGAAAGGCGGUUCGCUGAGGAGCGGGCGGGUGGUUGCGAGAGGCGGUCGGUGUCUCGAAAGCGCUCGGUGGGCGGGAGACGGAUGUCAGUGCUGACUCUCGUGAGGAGCUUCGUCCAGCCUCUGCUAGCCGCAAUGAGACACAGCCUGGUGUAUCACACCCCUCCUGCUGCCCACCUGAAGCCGAGUGCCUCCAGACCCCAGCAGCAAAAAAAGCUGGUCAGACCGAAGCGCCAUUCUUCCAGAAACCGUCGAGAAACGAGUGAGAAAAGGGCUCCUCAUGGUACCUACGGGCACCCAGCGGCGUCAUGUCUCGUCGUUCAGCGCCAGGAAAUGACAGCUUUCUUUAAACUCUUUGAUGACGAUCUAAUUCAAGACUUCCUAUGGAUGGACUGUUGCUGUAAAAUUGCAGACAAGUAUCUUUUGGCAAUGACAUUCGUUUACUUCAAGAGGGCAAACUUCACAGUAGAUGAGCAUACCAGACUCAAUUUCUUCGUUGCUCUGUAUCUGGCAAACACAGUGGAAGAAGACAAUGAAGAAUCAAAGUAUGAGAUUUUCCCAUGGGCUCUGGGAAAAAACUGGAGAAAGCUCUUUCCUGAUUUCUUAAAGUUAAGAGAUCAUCUAUGGAGUAGAAUUGACUACAGGGCUAUUGUAAGCAGACGUUGCUGUGAAGAGGUAAUGGCUAUUGCUCCAACACAUUACAUAUGGCAGCGAGAACGUUCUGUGUACCACAGCGGAGCCAUAAGGAACUACAACAAAGAUGAAGCUCAGCUGCCACGAGGACCUAAUAAUUCUCCUAUCCCCUGUUACCUCUGUGGUAAGAAAGGAAGAUUUGUACGACUGGGAUUAUCGUCAUCUUCCUCUUCAUCUACUGGCAGUUUAGAGGUGACAGAGUUAUGUUCAUCCCAGGAUUUGAAGGGCACCUUUGCAAUUGAAAAAAUGCUAGUUGACUCUCCUGCUUCUUCUGCCCAAGACUGUCAGAGCCUGUCCAGCAAAAGGAGAAGAGAUAACACCUCGAACCAAGACAAAUCCAUGGAUUGGUUUACAAGCAAUGAAGAAUGAAAUGCACUGAACAAAGAAACAGAUGCUGUGCUUUGCAGAACAAUCUGUGUUGCACUGCAGGGCCAUAGAUGACUGUUAAAACAUUUCCCUUUAAAUAGCAAGUAGGAUUUAAGAGUCUGAUAUGCAGUAGAAAUCAAAGCAGGAAUUACCUAGAAGUUACAAAACUUGCAAAACAUAGCUAUUUUGUAACUCUUUAUUCUGAUACAACGCUCAGAUUAGCAGCUAACAGCAGCAGCAUCAAGAAAGUGGCGGUCGAAACUUUCUCAGCUUGGUGAGGAAUGCUAAUUGAAAAACAAAACAAGUUACUAUUUCAAUAUUGAAUUUUUAGUUUAUUAUAAAUUUCACGAUUUUGUGUUAUAUGUGAAGUGCUAGUACAGAAGUUAUUAUUUUUGAAAAUAAAAUAUUUUAAGAUAAAACAUUUCCAAUAAAAGCAUUUUCCCCAGUA